AUGGCGAUGGAGGCCAAUCCGCUUCCGGGUGGCGCGGGUAGGCCGGGCUUGAGGAAGAUGGCGGUAGCAGCGGCGGCAGCAGCAGGAGCAGGAGUGUCCGGGCGGGAUGGUCGAGGGCUGGCGUGCACCUCUCCGGGAUGGGCGCUGCUGGGCCUUUUCCUGCUGCUGGGCUCUGCGGCCCAGCCUGGCGCCGCCACCACCCACUGGGUGGUCACCGAGGAUGGCAAGAUCCAGCAGCAGGUCGACUCGCCAAUGAACCUGAAACAUCCUCACGAUUUAGUAAUACUAAUGAGACAAGAAACAACUGUUAACUACCUCAAAGAGUUGGAGAAACAAUUGGUUGCUCAGAAGAUCCAUAUAGAGGAGAAUGAAGACAGAGACACAGGGCUGGAACAAAGACAUAAUAAGGAAGAUCCGGAUUGCAUUAAAGCAAAGGUGCCUUUGGGGGACUUGGAUCUCUAUGAUGGCACUUACAUCACCUUGGAGAGCAAAGAGAUCAGCCCUGAGGACUACAUAGACACAAAGUCUCCUUUACCUCCAGACUUAGAAGAGCCAGAAUGCACAAAAAUUCUAGAUCUUCCAUAUAGCAUUCAUGCAUUCCAGCACUUACGGGGUAUUCAAGAAAGAGUUAAUCUUUCUGCACCCUUGUUACCAAAAGAAGAUCCUAUAUUGACCUACUUAUCAAGACGGUUAGGAAGAAGCAUAGACGAGAUAGGCCAUCGCAUUUAUGAAGGUCUCAUGAAGAAUUCUUCUUCUUGGGUAUUAUAUAAUAUGGCUUCCUUCUACUGGCGAAUAAAGAAUGAGCCAUACCAAGUAGUGGAGUGUGCCAUGCGGGCUCUCCAUUUUUCUACAAGGCACAAUAAAGAUGUUGCACUGAUAAACCUGGCAAAUGUGCUACACAGGGCACACUUCUCGGCUGAUGCAGCCAUUGUGGUCCAUGCAGCUCUGGAUUACAGUGACGUCUUCACCAGCUAUUAUACUUUAGGAAACAUAUAUGCAAUGCUUGGGGAAUACAACCACUCAGUACUAUGUUAUGAUCAUGCUUUACAGGCAAAACCAGGGUUUGAACAAGCAAUUAAAAGGAAGCAUGCUGUCCUAUGUCAGCAAAAGCUUGAGCAGAAACUGGAGGCUCAGCACAGAUCACUUCAGCGAACAUUAAAUGAACUGAAGGAAUAUCAGAAGCAGCAUGACCAUUACUUAAGGCAGCAAGAGAUCUUAGAGAAGCACAAGCUGAUUCAGGAAGAGCAGAUCCUGAGGAACAUUAUCCAUGAAACACAGAUGGCGAAAGAGGCACAACUAGGAAACCAUCAGAUUUGUCGCCUGGGCAACCAGCAGCACAGUUUGCAUUGCCAGUGGGACCAACCUGUCCGUUAUCACCGUGGUGACAUGUUUGAAAAUGUUGAAUAUGUUGAGUUUGGCAGUGAUUCUUCCACUUCCAGUAUGACAUCCAUGAAUUCUGAACUUCAUGCCAACCACACUGACUUUGGCCAUUCCUUGGAGUCUUCCCCUUUGGUCCAUUCUGUCUUCUCAUUAUGGGGCCUGGAAUCUGAUGCUUACAGGGAGAAGCAGAAUAUUUUGUGGCCUAAAAGAUCAGAGUGUGUAAAAACCUACCCAGCUAUCCCCUCCCCAGGAGAACUACCAACUUAUUUCCUGCAUCCAGAAAGCAGGGGGCAAAGAAUCCAUUCAAUACUUAGCAGUCCAGGGGAUGACGAUGCACAAACAGAGAUCUAUGAGCCAGAUUGUUCUUCCAUUACUGAUGCCCAUAACAGCGACUCUUUGCACUUUUUGAUCAAAGAACUAGACAGUCAUCUGGAUCUGAGAGUAAAGAUGCCAGAUGAUCAUGCCAAACAAAUAUUAUACUCUCGUGUCAACAAUCAAUCAGUUACGCAGCAGCAAAUAGGAUCAUUCAUCUAUCAUGCCAUUGUAAAGGCAAGGGAUCCCUUAUGGUUGGUUCUCAAUGAGGCUGGCCUUUACUGGCGUGCAUUUGGAAAUGGCACCUUUGCCUUCACUUGCUUACAAAAGGCCUUUAACUUGACCCCACAUGAAUUCCAGGAUAUUCCUUUAGUCAAUCUAGCCAACCUUCUAAUUCAUUAUGGUCUUCAUCUGGAUGCCAGCAAACUUCUCCGAAAAGCUUUAGCCAUCAAUGGCUCUGAGCCUCUGACCUUCUUGAGCUUAGGAAAUGCCUGCUUGGCUCUGAAGAACGUCAGUGGGGCAUUGCAGGCUUUCAGGCAUGCCCUGGAUAUUGCGACAAAGUGUCUGGAGUGUGAGAGGAGCCUGAAGCUGAUCCGCUGUUUGCAGUUCUAUCCGUUUCUGUACAACAUCACCUCUUCUGCCUGCAGUGGCCACUGUCACGGGAAGAGCCAAGGCAACAGCCAUACCAAGCAGAAGUACCUUGACAAGCCCGAUUCUGAGAUCAUAUCCAUGGAAGAAAAUCUUGCGGCAGUGACUGAAGAUGAUUCUACAGAUCUUCUUCACAGUUCCACAACAGAGUCAUCCUCUUUGACUUUAGAAAGCACCGUCAUUGCCGAAAGCAAUGGUUCAGAAGAAGUGGAGAGUUUGGGAGAUGCUCAGAUGUCCGAAGAAAUGUUGGCAUUGGUUGACGAGUUUGAAAAUUCGUGGCCUCUUGAAGCUUUUGAGGGGGCACUGGAAGUAAAAGGCCAUCGGAUGGACUUACAAGGGAUCCGUGUCCUCAAGAAAGGUUCUCAGGACGGACUUCCCAGCUCUUGUUUUGGAGAUUGUGGAGAUGAUGACGAUGAUGAAACUGAAUGGAUAACAUUCCAAGUGAAACGUGUAAAGAAACCCAAAACAGAAAACCUAGAUCCGCAAGAGCCAGCAGGAAGAAAUGGAGAGGAGGGAGUAAAUGGAGAAAAUGAUAACCUUUACCAAAUGGCAUUGGAGAUCAGUGGGCCAAAAAUACCCUCCCCAGGACCACCAGGGAAAAGGCGAGACUACCGCAGCUUGGGUUGGCCAAGUCCUGAUGAGUGCAUAAAACUUCGCAGAGUAGAACUUACCACAGUAGCCAGCACAUGGCUUGCUGUUUCUGCUAAAAAUAUCGAUAUUACGGAACACAUAGAUUUUGCAACCCAGCUGCAAGAACCUGCCGUGGAACCUCUCUGCAGUGCCAACUUACCUGCCAGCAUGCAUACUUUGGAUCACCUUCAAGGUGUUGCCAAUCGGGCUAGUCUUCAUUACAUGGGAGAGAGUCAGCUGAAAGAGGUGUUGCAGAAUCUUGGGAAAGACCAUUAUCCACCACAGUCUUUAGAACAAGUUGGGACUCGAAUAGCCAAAGUUCUAGAAAAGAAUCAAACCUCUUGGGUCCUCUCCAGCAUGGCAGCCCUUUACUGGAGGGUAAAAGGUCAAGGGAAAAAAGCAAUUGACUGCCUCCGGCAAGCUCUGCAUCAUACGCCCUAUCAUAUGAAGGAUGUGCCACUCAUAAGCCUAGCAAACAUCUUUCACAAUGCAAAGCUUUGGAAUGAUGCCAUCAUUGUGGCUACAAUGGCAGUAGAAAUUGCCCCACACUUUGUUGUCAAUCAUUUCACGUUGGCUAAUGUCUAUGUAGCAAUGGAGGAGUUUGAGAAAGCCAUGAGAUGGUAUGAAUCAACAUUGAAACUCCAACCCGAGUUUGCACCAGCGAAGAAUCGGAUCCGUGCCAUUCAGUGUCAUUUACUCAUGAAAAAAGAAAGACAUUCUCCUUAAAGAUCACAAUCUUCAUUUUUUCCCUUUUGUUUUUAAAAGACAACCGAAUCAUUCUUCACUUUUAUGCUUGUAAUGAGGUGUGCUAAUAUAAAUUGGGAAACCAGGAUUUUUACUAAGAAUUGGGGGUUGUUUUUAUUGUUCAGAAACGAAAGCAUCCUUGGAAGCAUUACAGAAAAAAAACAUUUUUACUAAACAUCUGUAUGAUUAAAUAUUGAGCCCAGAAACUUUCCACAUGCCUGUUACCCAAACAUCCUUAGAUUUUUUCCGUAAAACAAAUUGGUGCCAGCAUAGAAUGUAACCUGCUUCUUGUCUAGCAUAUCUAUGAAAAUGCAAAGCACAUUAUUGCACCAGACACUCUAUGUAGGAAGAAGAUUUUUAUCCAUCCGAAACUCACAUUUUACCAUUUCUUCCAGUCCACAUUACAGCAUUGCCAGCUCAGAGAUUGUGAGAUAAGAAUGCAGGUGGCUGCAGACACAUUUUUGUACUGUUUUUAAGGGGGGGAGGAGAAACGGCAAGCACAACAUCUAGUUGUAAAAGCAUUUUUAUUUUGGUUACCUGAAGAAAAGGGAAAUAAGACAAAACAUUAUUUAAGAGAUUUUAUAUCCAUAUAUAUGUGAAACCCUCUGCAGCCCUUAGCCUGUCUUUACUAAUUAUUUGUUUUACCCAGCUGAGUGUAAGAUGCAAAUGUUAAAGGCAUUUGUCCACAUGCU